AUGGAAUUUUCCGGGAUCGGAAGCCGGGAUAUGCUCCAUGGUAGUUCUUAUGGAUGGGAUGAUGGUUCGAUUCCGAUCUCGCCCCCAUUCUCUGGUAGAUGGGGAUGGAUCGGAUGGAUACGUAUCGGAUCUGGGCGGCAUUUUGAGUAUGUACUUGUGGUUCUUGGUUGUUGGUAUGGGGGCGAGAUCAGUACAGUCGUUGUAGGUAUUUCCGGCAUUGAAGGGUUUCCGGGGAAAGAAAGAAAGAAAGAAGGUCGCUUCCUCUUCCCCAUGUCGGUCCGUAGGGUUGUGGUUGUGGUUGUGUCUGUGUCGCGUGUCCUGGGCGAGGGGGGACGCGAUGCAGUAUCUAGUAGCAGACUUGACGGGCUGGUGUGUGGGGGCGUUGUGGUAAGUAGUCCGGGUGUAUGGGGUGAUAAGUAUUUAGACGACGGGCGAUGGAAAGAUUUUCCCGGAAUUGUCGGAGGUGGGAGGUUGCUUGUGGGUAUACUAUAG